AUGCAAAUUCCACAUGCAACAAAUCUCUCUCUCCCUCUCCCUCUCUUUCUCUCUCUCUCUCUCUCUCUAGCGUUUUUUUUCUUCUUUUUCUUUUUUUUUUUUUUUCACAUUCUUUUUUAUUCUUUGUUUUUUUUUCUUUUUCUUCAUUCUUUCUUGCUAUUUCGUUCAUUCUUUCGCUUGUUCGAUUUUAAUUUGAUCUUUUUCAUUUUAUUUUUUUUCCCGAUAUUUAUCUGCCUCUCCUUAUCAUUAUUUCAUUUCCAUGUAUUUACUUUUUCUCUUUUGUAUUUUGUUCUCUUUUCUCUUCGUUUCCUCUUUCUUUAUUCACCAUUUAUUGUAAACUCGCCAUCUUCGCUCGCUAUGGCCUCGCAACAAAAAACUUUUUACUUUUUUUUCAUGAUUUUACAUUCCGUCUUCUUUUCUUUCAUUCCACUUCUUACUCUCUCUCCCCCCUCUCUCUCUUUCUUUCUUUCAUCGUUCAAUGAUUUUACAUGCCGUCUUCUUUCCUUUCAUUUUAAUUCUUACUCUCUCUCUCUCUCUCUCUCUCUCUCUCUUUCUUUCAUCGUUCAAUGA